UCGUGUGAAGAAUAAAACGUGCGCAAUUCGUGACACAAUCUCCAAACAAUGGAUUGGAUUUGGAGUGGGAGAUCUCCAUUUUCUCGAUGGCGUUUGCAGGCCAAAUGAUUAUGAGCAUAAAAUACUGGAUACCACAAAAUUCUUGAUUGAGGAUUAUGAAGUCUUUCAAGUGUUAAAACAAUGA